GAGAGAGAGAGAGAGAGAGAGAGAGAGAGAGAGAGAGAGAGAGAGAGAGAGAGAGAGAUGGAGGCGAAGCAAGCCGGGGCGUCGCUGGACGCCCUCAUCGCCACCUUCAACACCCGAGUCGCCGAGCUCCAGGAGCUCGUCAUCGCCCGAAACAUGUAUCCGGGGAGCAGCAUCGCCGAUCUGUCGGCGGUCGACACGUCGCUGAAGGCGAUGGAGCUUCAGGUGCAGGCCAUCAAGGACCGGUUGCGCGACGAGACCGAAGCCAUCCCUAAAGCCAAAAAGCUUAUUGAGGCAUCACUAAGGCAGAAGAAGAAGUUGCAGAGUUUAUCCAUCCAUGUUCCAUCUCUCGCGCUGGAGAAAGUGACAAUGUUAAAUGCAGAUACAAGUAGCUGGUGUGGGCUGCAUGAUGCUGGUAACCAACAUCCUGGUGUUGGGAAUAUGAAACUUGAGGAAGAGCCUGUUGCAAUACCCAAGGAGAAAAAGGGACGUGCUCCUCCACCGUUGUGGUAUAUUUCAGCAGAUGAACUGGAUUCACUGGCAUCGUACAUGAGAGGAAGACUCACAUUAGAGAAGGUCAAUGCAGCUAUUAAUGACAUGGCUGCUUAUGCUGAGGCGAAUGCACAACUUAUUCUGGCCCCAAAAAGGAAGGUGGGAGAAAAUCUUUGGGAGAAGGCACUGGAAUUAAGAGACAUCGCAAUGACAGAAGGCAUAAAAGGAAAACAUUUCUUUCUUGAGUCUGACAUAAAAGGACCAAAUCUGAAGCUUGACAACACAGGGAAAGCGAUACUGACUGUUCUUCGGCACCUUGCUCGGAUAAGUGAGAUUAGGAGUGGUCAUAACCGGGUUAUUAUAUUACUGAAGCCUCAUUGAAGGCUACCACAUGACCAACCUGAUGAUCAAUUGCUCGUCUCUGUUCAUCUAAUUUUAGUUACUCACUUCCUCUGUAUGGCGUGAGAUCUCGUUCCUGAAAUUUGUUGCCAUGUACACAGAACAUGAUUGAUGGUCUUUAUCAAGAUAAAUUUUGUUUCUC